CCAGAGAGCCUCUGAUCACAGCGCAGCCUUGGACUUAUUUCAAGGGAAAUUAACCCAGAAACCCCUCCAAGAGGCUGUAAUCCUAAGCAUAUGCCCCUGGAAAAGGUAGGGAUGAGCACCGCCCUGAACUACAAGUCCUUCUCCAAAGAGCAGGAAACCAUGGAUAACCUGGAGAAACAGCUGAUUUGCCCCAUCUGCUUGGAGAUGUUCACCAAGCCUGUGGUCAUCCUGCCCUGCCAGCACAACCUCUGUCGGAAGUGCGCCAGUGACAUCUUCCAGGCCUCCAACCCCUACCUGCCGACCAGAGGAGGCACAACUGUGGCGUCGGGAGGCCGAUUCCGCUGUCCCUCGUGCAGGCACGAGGUGGUCCUCGACCGGCAUGGUGUCUACGGGCUGCAGAGGAACCUGCUGGUGGAAAACAUCAUCGACAUCUACAAGCAGGAGUCCACAAGACCUGAAAGGAAGUGUGACCAGCCAAUGUGUGAAGAGCAUGAAGAUGAGAGAAUUAAUAUCUAUUGUUUGAACUGUGAAAUACCCACCUGCUCCUUGUGCAAAGUCUUUGGUGCCCACAAAGACUGUCAAGUUGCUCCUCUCACAAAUGUUUACCAGCAACAGAAGUCUGAGCUGAGUGAUGGCAUUGCAGUCCUUGUGGGGAGCAAUGACAGAAUGCAAGGGAUAGUCACGCAGCUGGAGGAGACCUGCAAAACAGUUGAGGAAUGCUGUAGACGACAGAAAGAGCAGCUGUGUGAAAAAUUUGAUUAUCUCUAUUCUGUACUGGAAGAAAGAAAAAAUGAGAUGACACAAAUAAUCACUAGAACCCAAGAGGAGAAACUGGAACAUGUCCGUUCCCUGAUGAAGAAGUAUGCGGAUCAUUUGGAAGCUGUGUCAAAGCUGGUUGAAUCAGGAAUCCAGUUCAUGGAAGAACCAGAAAUGGCUGUGUUUUUGCAGAAUGCCAAAACAUUGCUACAAAAAAUUACUGAAGCAUCUAAAGGAUUUCAAAUGGAAAAAAUAGAGGAUGGAUAUGAAAAUAUGAACCAAUUCACAGUGAACCUCAGUAGAGAAGAAAAGAUAAUACGAGAAAUUGAUUUUGACAGAGAGGAGGAGGGAGAAGAGGAAGAGGAGGAGACGGUGGAUGGCGAAGAGUUGGAUGAAGUACACACAGAGUCAUCAGGAGGGGAGGAGGUGGAGGAAGAGGUGGAGGAGGAAGGGGCUGAGAUAGCACCACAGCCACCUCAGCAGGACCCAGAACCACAGAGCACAGCAGGAGAGCCCCCAGCCGAACCUGCUGCAGUGCCACUGCCUGCCACCCCAGCUGGUCAGGAUGAGGUUGUGACACCAAGUGGUUCUCAACAGACCCCAGAGUCUGACACUCAAGUGCCGGCCACAGCAGAAGCCACCGAUCCUUUGUUUUACCCUAGCUGGUAUAAAGCUCAGUCACGGCAACCAAGCAGUCCGAGCUCAACCCUAGUGAGUGGGCUGGGGACAGUAGGGCCUCCUGUUUCUCUGGAAACAAGUGCAAAGAAGGCAGAAGCCCCAGCAACAGCAGCGAUCGAGGAGAGUGCACCGGGGAGUGGUAAGGAAAGUAAUUCCACUGCAACGACAUCCAAGACUGGUUCUGAACCGUCCCCUCAAGGACAAGUGGAGGAAACUCCCGUGAGCAAUGAGAGGGAUGAUGAGCCGGCUCGUCAUAUCUUCUCCUUCUCCUGGUUGAACUCACUGACUGAAUGAUGACUCACUCCGGCUGGCUUCUGGUGUGCUUCUCCUCGGAAGGACCACGAGUGCCCACAGCCUGGCUGCAGUCAGCAAAGAAACUGCCCUGGAAAGGGACAUCUAAGAGGGGUUUUCUCCCAGGAACUCAGUUGGCCUCCACAUUGUACCCAGCCCUUGAGAUGAUAGUCCUGAGAGAGAUGAGGACAUGGGGACAAAUAACUGUGCUGUAUUGUACUCAGAGUGUUUUUCAAUAAUUUCUUGUUUCCAAGGGGAAAAUGGCAUCACUUCAGCUGUAGGCUGAGCACUGCUAAUGUUUUGUUACUCACUUUUUGGCACGUCCCUGUGUAGGUGUAAAUGCUUCACCACUGUUAGCUAAAAUGCUGGUAUGAGAUUCACUAGUAGCAUCCUUUA